GUGCCAGCGAACCGAGAGGUGUUCGCGAUGCUGCAGAGGGUCCGAGGGGGGAACGAGGAGGUGCACGAGCUGCGCAAGGACCAGGCGCAGAUCGUUAUAGGCAGGCACCCGACCUGCGAUAUCGUGGUGGGCCACAAGAACGUCUCCAGCAAGCACGUCAG